CGGGCGCGUUUCGGAAUUGUCCUGUUCGUUGCGGCGCUUUUGCCUGAACGGGUUUUCCUUUGAAGCCUUUGAAUUCGUGCGAAGCAAAAUAAAAAGUGCAACGUUUUCAAAUUAAUCGAUGUGCCGUCCAAUCUAAAAUGGUUUUUGUUGCUGCUAGUGCUGCCUGCUAGUUACUAUUUUCCAGUGAAUUGUUAAGACAACAACGAAAUAUUGUCCAAGCCAUCGAUUUUUCGCGCUGUUUAAAACGCGUCUUCUGCAUGUGCCUACGUCUCUGUGUGUGUGUGUGUGAGUGUGCGUGGCGUGUGUGUGUGCUAGGACCUUUACAAAUACAGGCACAUAAUUAUAAACUGCUGCAAAGGCAGACAAAAGGUUCUGCUGGCAGCAGUGAAGCGCGCCAUUGAAUUAAAAUCCUGCCCAGCUGUCGCCUGCGCAGCUGCCACAACAACAACAACAGCAACAGCAACAAUGCCCGUUACCAUUAACAUUCACCUGGCCAUUUGAGAGUGUGCGUGUGUGUGUAAUAUUUGUGCAUUCAAUUUGCACUAAUUUAUAAACGGUUCGCAAAUCGCGAAAUCGCUCAGAAUCCGCCCGUCCGCGAACAACAACGCAAUUUACCAUCCAAAAUUUACUGGCUUUUUUUUUUUUGUUGCUGCUAUGGGAGCAAUAAUAAUAGAAUUUUAACAGACAUCCAUUGCUGUUCUCUGCUCUCAACUCCAAAACAAACACACAAAAUCAACACACAAAAGAGAAGGGUGACUAUACUCUAUAUGUUUGUAUGUGUGUGUGUGUAUAUGCCUUGGGGGACCCUCUGACAUUUUUAUCAGCGCAAAACAACUGCAGGAAUCACCAACACGAUCAAAACAACAGCAACAACAACAACAACAAUAAAUACAGCACCAGCAACUAUCGACAACAACAGCAGCAACAAAAACCAAAUUGACUGAGUGUCUUCGCUGGCACAGUUUUUCCUAUUGCUGCUUACUGCUCUCUGUGGCCGGUGAGCUGUGUCAUGUCCGGCACGCUCUUCGAAAUGGAGGAUCCACAAUUACAGUUACAGCAGUUACAUCAACAGCAACAGCAAAUGGCCAGUGAGACGGAGCAGCAGCUGGCAAUGUGCCUGGCCAGCCUGGAGCUGGGCGAGAGCGAAACAAUGACCAUGACAGUGGUGGCUAGCAGCACCACCACCACCACCACACAUAGCAACUGCGAUGGCAGCGAUAGUGGCCUGGAUGUGCCCAGCAGCUGUUGCCUGUCGCGGCAGACGCUGCAGCGUGGCUUGAGUAGCACCAGCGGCGGCUACACCAGUAGCAAUGGCCUCGAGGAGAUCUACGACAGCUGUGAGCUGCAUCUGAUCAACAGCAGCAACAUCUCGCCCAGCGAGCAGAGCAGCGAGUGCUCGCAGCAGACGCCGCCGCCGCGUCGCUGCAAUGGCAGCAUCAAAAAGAAGGUGGCCAUGUUCGAGCCGGAGUCCGGACCGGAAUCAUUGGGCAAAUCGCCGGAGCAGCUGCGCGGUCGUGUGGCCAAUUUAAAACGGGCCGCCAGUUUGCCACGCAACGGCGCCCACAACACGCCCGCAACGGGAACAGCGGGAACACCGGCCCGGGAGAAGCCACGCAUCUCCAACUCGAGUUCGUUCCGUGUGCCGUCGAAUGCGGCGACGCCAUUGCGCACCCCACGCCCACAGAAGCCAGACACGCUGCCCAGCGCCCUGAAUCGCGCCCAAUCCGUGCAGCGACUGGUGCAGAUGCAGCGCACCCCAUCUCUCAGUCGCGCCCGCACACCCGGCACACCCUCGGACGACGGACGUUGGCCGGCGAAUCGCGGCGCUGCAGGUGCCCGUCGUGGCAUGUCUGUCACCCCGGAUGUGAUGGCCAACCGGUUGCGACACAGUCCAGCGCCAGGCGGAACUCUGCCUCGCCGGCGCAAGCAACAAUCUGUGGAGGAUCUGAGUGUGGGGCGAUUGUCGCGCAGUAAUUCCAUCAGUCGGGCGGCUGUUGUGGAUGCACGCAUGACGUCGUCGGUGAUGAUCAUGCCCACAAGUCGGCGCAGCCUGGCGCCACCCACAGCCACCGCCAAGGUCAAUUCGCUACGUCGCCCACAGCAACAGCCGAUUCGGACGCGCAUUUAUCACGAGACAGCGGUGCAGACGGCGCUGACCAGCGAGGAUUUGGAGCAGGUGCUGGGCGGUGGUGUGCUGCAGACGCGCGCCUUGGACGCUGUGGAGCAGCUGGAUCAGAGCACGCAAGCGGAACCUGAUCAGCGAGAUCAUGAGCUCGAACAGCUGCGCCAGGAGGUGCGCCAGCUGAGCGGCAAGCUGCAGCGCGAACGCGAGGAGAAACUGGCCAUGCAGCAGGAGCUGCAUCUGAAUACGGAACGGGUAAUGGGCAUGCUGGAAAUGGCGCGCGUCUGCAGUGCCAGUGCGGGCACACCCACAUCGGAGGACAGUGGCGAUGGCAGCGGUCACGACAGCCUCCUCAUGCUUGAGUCCCAGAUCCAAUUGAGUGGCCACGAACUGGUCGAGCGCCAGCAGGAGAUUGUACAGCUGCGUGCGCUGUGCCGGGUCCUGCAGCUGGAGAUGCGUCGCUCGCUGAGCACGCAGCAGCUGCUGCUGCAGGAGAAAGCGGCCAUUGAGCUGGAGUCCAGCGAGCUGCAGGAUUUCCUGCAGCACGAGAAGGCCGCUCAGUGCGAUGCGCUGCGCGAGCUGGAGACGGAACACCAGGCGGCCAAGGCGCAGCUGGCCAAUCGCGAGGACGAGGCGAAAGUGCUGCGCGACGAGUGCCGCCACCUGGUGCGUCUCAACGAACAGCGUCGGCAGGAGAAUCGUUUGCUGCAAACGAAAUAUGCGGCGCUGGAGAACAAAUCGCGGGAGCUGAUCCAUCAGCAGAAUGCAGCUGUGGCUGGUGCCUCGACAGCGCUGUCCGGGCUCCAUGCUCGACUGGACAAUCUGGUGGAGCAGCUGGUGUGCUCCUACAGCAUUUCCGAGCAGGAUCUAGAGGACAUACGAUUCCAGGCAGAGUCGCUCGCCGCGGAGACGGAGCUCGCCCAGAACGGCCUCAAGCCCAAUGGACUGGAUUUGCCGUUGAGUCCUGCAAUGGCAGGCGAUGAGCUGCACACCUUGAUUCUCACCAGCGACGGCUCGCUGUCGCCGCAACGCAAUCAGUCCUUCAUAGCUGCCGUCAUCGGUGCCAUACGCCAGGCGACUACCCAUUCGGGCAAGCGUCUUUCGCUGCGACAGGCGGGCAAACGAAAUGGCCAAGGAUCUGGCGGAUCAGCAGCAUCAGGAGCUGGAACUGGAGCAGGCACAGCACAUACCACAACAACGACGAACAGCAACGAGCAGCCCAAUCUCAAUGGCAAUGGAGACGACUCUGAUUCCACGGAAAUGCUGGACUCGGAAACUGAGCCCUGUUUGCUCAUGAUGGAUAACGUGCUAGAGGAUGUGGUGCAGCCGGAUUCGCACUCUCACAACAUGGUAUCCUCGUGCACGGGCAUGAUCUCCCAAAUCGAGCUGCCCACGGAGCUGAUCAGCCAGUGCAGCCAGCAGCCAACGACGGCCAAUGGGGGGGAUGAUUCACUGCAGCAGCUUUCGCAAGCGAUAACCAACCGACAGCAGAUGGAAAUGCACGUUCACAAGCUCAGCGUGCUGCCGAUGAACAACAAUCGCGAUCCGUGCAACACCGAGGAGCUCAGCUGUCACGACUCUUUGGCAGAGCUGCCAUCGCUGAUGGAGUACAGCACAGCACAGGCGGUUGUCGACCAGGUGAUUGAGGUGGACACUCUGGUCACGAAGUUGCUCAAGGUGCUGCGGCUUGUGCAGCUGGACAACGACAAUUGCAUUCAGCAGCUGAUCGUGGACAAAAACAAACUGCAGCAGCAUAAGGAAGAUAUGCUGGAGAAGCUAAAAGACUUGGAGGACGUCAAUCUGAAGUUGCAGGACGAGCUCAUGGACGCCACGCAGGAGCUAAUGAUCAAGGGCAGUGAUCUGAGUGGCGCCAAAUCGGAAAUGCAGCGUCAUCGCAACGAGAUCGACCGCCUCAAUGAGGACAUCUGCACGCUGAGCACAUUGUGCAGCAGCUACAAGAAGCUGUCGCCAACCACGGAGUUUCCGCCCAUGCAGCUGCUGUCGCCCAAUCAGGAGCCCGAACAGGGCGACGUUCUGGGCAUUUUGAAUCUGUUAAAGAUGUGGCAUACUGGCGGCCAGCUACAGGAUGCACGUGUCAGCAGCUAUUUGCGUAACUUUAGCGGCAGUCAGCUAAUGGUCAAUACUGCUGCGGCGCCUCCGGAUAACAACAAUGUGGAACGUCUGCGCAUCUAUGCCAAUCAACUGGAGCAUGUGACGCGCGUCCUGGACGACUGUGAGAGCUUGAAUGAAGGUGAUCCACUGCAGCAGCUACGUCGAGACAUGGAAAUCGUACGUCUAAAUGCCAAUUGGAGUCAGCUCUUGGACCUUUCGGAGGAGCGCGAUCACAAUGCAAAUGGCACAUCCGAGCCUUGAAUUGUGUCAAAUUUGUUGUUAAUUCUCUAGUUAACUAUUAGUAUUUAAAAGUUGUUCAAUUCCAAGUAGUUAGUUAGAAACGUUGGCGUCCAAUUCGAAAACAUCUUAUGCAACAGCCUAAAAGCAAACUAUCAGCCAAUGCAACUAUUAUGUUAAUUUGCCAUAAAACAAUAUUAACAACCUAGAAAAGCUAAUCAGAUAUCUCUAUUCAAUUUUAAAUCUAAAUCUUAAUGUUUCAUGCUAAAUGCCUGGAGAAGUAUUCAAAUAUUAUAGCUACAACUAAAUUCGAUUUGUUUUUUUUUUAUAUCUCUAAUUUGGUGCUGCCCUCUCUUCAGCGCUCCAAUAAAUCUUGUGUUGCAUACUUUUGAGCAGCGCCUUGGUUUGUGCAACGCAUUUGAAAAGUAUUAUUAUUAAUAUUAUCUUAUGGGCAAAGCUGAAGCAAACUGAAUAUAUGAAUGAAUAUUAUUGCAUUGAAUAUGAAAAGAGUGUUUUGUUUUUGAUUUUGUUUCGAUAGCAUGUUGUUUGUAUAAUACACGUACAAUAAAUAAGCAUAAACUAAAUGUAAAAAA